AAUUGCAGCGUAAACAUGCCAUGCUUUUUAUGCAGCGCACACCAUGACCUGCUGAAAAUAAAUCAAUCUACUUACUGUGAACGUAGCCUCAUAAACUUUCUAUCAUUUCAAUUUCUAUCAAACGGAGGACGUAAACAAAAUACAACAUCAUGUACAGCGGAGGUGGCAGUAGAGGAUAUACCGGCUAUACGGAUAAAAAUGUGUUGAACCAUUACUUGACCUUAGACUUGCCAGAUGAUCAUAUCAUGUGUGAAUACAUUUGGAUAGAUGGGACAGGGGAAGGAAUACGGUCCAAGUGCAAAACGCUCGACUUUGAACCAACCAGCUUGGAUGACUAUCCAAUAUGGAACUACGAUGGUUCGAGUACAUAUCAAGCUGAAGGCUCGAACUCUGACAUGUACCUUCAUCCGUGCGCUAUCUUCAGCGACCCAUUUAGACGCGGGAAAAAUAAGCUCGUGCUCUGUGAUGUCUAUAAAUACAACAAGGAACCUGCAGAUUCAAACAAACGAAAAAGUUGCGCAAAAGUCAUGGAAGCGGCAAAGGACUCUCACCCUUGGUUUGGCAUUGAACAAGAGUAUACACUUCUGGAUUUUGACGGUUACCCAUUUGGCUGGCCAAAGAAUGGCUUCCCUGGACCACAAGGACCGUAUUAUUGUGGUGUUGGUGCUACGAGAGUUUAUGGUCGAGACAUUGUUGAAGCACACUACAGGGCAAGUCUACAUGCCGGCGUUAAAAUAGCCGGAUGUAAUGCUGAAGUCAUGCCCGGUCAGUGGGAGUACCAGGUUGGACCAUGUGAGGGUAUCUCAAUCGGUGAUCAUCUGUGGGUUUCCCGUUAUCUGUUGCACCGUGUGGCGGAGGAUUUUGGUAUAACUGCGACCCUUGAUCCUAAACCCGUUCAGGGAGACUGGAACGGAGCCGGGGCUCACUGUAAUUUCAGUACAAGUGCGAUGAGAGAAAAAGGCGGACUGAAACAUAUAGAGACAGCUAUUGAAAAGUUAUCUAAACAUCACAGUAAACACAUUCAUGCCUACGAUCCCCACGAGGGCAAAGAUAACGAAAGACGUCUCACGGGACUUCACGAGACUUCAGAUAUUCAUGAUUUUUCGGCCGGUAUAGCAAACCGCGGUGCUAGUAUCAGAAUCCCCCGCCAGGUGGCAGAAAUUGGAUACGGUUAUCUGGAGGAUAGACGCCCGUCCUCUAACUGUGACCCAUAUUCUGUAGCAGAAGUCAUCGUGCAGACGACAGUUCUUGACGAAUAAACAAUAUUGACAUGUACACUUUCUGUUGAGAGGAAAACAUUUUUGUGAUGACGACAGUUUAUAAAACUGUUUUAUUUUACAGAUAUUCUUGUCUGCGGUAUUGUAACAAAAAAAACGUUUGUGCAUAUGACGCAUUACCUCUCUAUAUUAUAUGAACAGCUAGAAACUUUCAGUAUAUAUAAAACUGUAGGUUAUGGAUUUUGUUACUAUGCAUACAUUUUCUAUAUCUGCGUGUGUUACUGGUUUGAGAGAAAUGUAAUAAAAAUAAUCAAAAAGGUCAA